AUGCAUUUCAAGAACAUCGCAGCUAUCCUCCUUGGCAUCACCGCCACCGGUGCCAUCGCUAACCCAGUGGCUGCUGAGGGUAUUGUAGCCCGCGAGGAGGCCGGCGAGCAAGCAGAGGCAAGCGAACAGCACUGGAACCAGAACCAGGACAGGGACCAGGACAGAGGUGGCCGAUACCAGGUUGAUGGUGUCAACAACGGCCGCUUCCGCAACGGUGGUGGUCAAGGCGGUGCCUUCUUUGGCGGAGGCGUCUACGACUACGGUGGUGGCUAUGGUCGCGGUGGCCGUGGUGGCCGUCGUGGCGGCCAGCAGAACUGGAUCGACUGCAACCAGUGUGUUGACCACAAUGACGAUGAUGACUGGUACGGUCAAAGCUGGAACCAGAAGAGGACCAACGACUAUCAGCGAAACUACGGCCGUCGCAACUUCAACGGCGGGCGUGGUGGACGUGGCCAAAUCGGCAGCUGCGGUCAACAAUGGGGUUACCAGCAAUGCAUGUGGUACUAG